AUGCGUCUCUCCGCAGUCCUGUGUUCCCCCCACUGGCUUGCAUGCUUGAAAUCAGCACAAUUGCAGCGCAUAGCGCGCGCAACGGGCAUCCAAUCAUCUGGACCAAAGGGCGCUCUGAUUGAGCGCAUUACAGCAGAGCUUGGGUUGCAUUUGCCUCACAGUGAUGGGGAUGGCGUUGCAGGGGGGCUUACUGGUUCCAGUCCAAGUACCGACCCCAGUCAGCGUCAAGAUCAACAUGUCGACUGUAGGUCAUCAUCAAAAGACAAUUGCUCGAGCAAGGGCCCGACCAAGACGAAGGGCUCGCUGAAGGCAAACACUCAUGCAAAGACAAAUGAAAAACCAUGGAGCAUUCUCAGCAUCGACAUGGGAAUCCAGAACUUGGCAUUUGCGCAUCUACGCGUCCCCCGCUCUGCCCAAAUUGACACGGCGAAUCCGCCAAUACCAGAGCUCACAGCCUGGCACAGACUUGCCGUAUCCGACAUCUCAAGUCUGAACCUAACAGGGUUAGGAGACACCAUUGAAGCAAAUUCGCAAUUUACAUUGGCACCAUCAGAUGCUCUUCCAAAGCAAGAACCUACAGAAACCAAGUCAAAGAAACUAUCCAAAUCCAAACCCACAAAAAAACAAGAAUCGUUCUCCCCUGACCUCUACGCCGUAACGGCCUACAAGCUAAUAACCUCCCUUUUAACCGCCUACCGCCCAACUCACAUCCUAAUCGAGCGCCAGCGCUUCCGCACAGGCGGCGCAAGCGCCGUACAAGAAUGGACGCUGCGCGUCGGCGUCUUCGAAGGGAUGCUGUAUGCCAUUCUGCACGCAUUGCGCAUGGAAAGGGGCGAUGUGAUGGCAAUCCAUGGCGUCGAGCCAAAAAGGGUGGUCAGGUAUUGGCUUGAGCCGACGUCUAAUAAAAACGAACCAGAGCAAGAAACAGUGAAGCUUAACUCUCGGGAAGUCAAAAAGGCUAAAAUCGAUAUCGUGGGGAGAUGGCUUGCUGCUGCAUAUGAUGCAGAGACAAAUGCUCGGAGCACGCUGGUGCCUGGAGUUGGUGCUUCUGAUAAGAUCUUGUUGGCGGAUAGAUCCGAGUCGCCUGUUUUACAUGGCAUUGCGGGUGCGUAUAUGCGGAAAUGGGGCGGAUCGCAGACUAAGAAGGGGGCUCGUGCUAUGACGGGUCCGUCGGUAUCGUCGUCGCCUGGCUCUCAAUUAGCAGCGGAAGAUGCGAAUGUCGAUAUUGGGAAGCUGGAUGAUCUGGCGGAUUGCUUGUUGCAAGGCGUGGCAUGGGUUGAGUGGCAGAUCAUGCGGGAGCGCAUUGCAAGGGAGGGAGUUGAGGCCUUGGGCGUGGAUGAAUUUUUAGAAAUCAAGUCCAAACGCAAGUCUAAAACGUCGCCUGACAAAUCGAGCACAACAUUUCAUGACCAAUAG